UUGACUCUGUCUAUGAUGCAAGGCGCAGCACAAAGCAGCAACCUCACCCCAUGCUGAUGACUCUGACCAAUAUUAUGUAAUUUACGAUCUACAGUUUGAAGAUGGGUUUAACCAACAGAGUGAAGAGCAAAAGCUGCAGACACAAAGGUUAUUCAGAUCAACGCUGAAUCUUGUUCAGUUUCUCAGGAAUUGAAACUGAGUCAGUUGUCGCUGAGAGGUGAAAUGGCGCAGAAAGGGUUUGAGCUGGACCGUGAAACCUUCUCUUGUUCGAUCUGUUUGGAUCUACUAAAGGACCCAGUGGCUAUUCCCUGUGGACACAGCUACUGCAUGAACUGUAUUCAAAGCUAUUGGGAUGAAGAGGAUGGAAAGAAACCCCACAGCUGCCCUCAGUGUAAGCAGGCCUUUACACCAAGGCCAGUCCUGUUGAAAAACACCAUGUUAGCAGCUUUAGUAGAGGAGCUGAAGAAGACUGGACCCCCACCUGCUCCUGCUGAUCUCUGCUUUGCUGGACCUGAAGACGAAGCAUGUGAUUUCUGCUCUGGGAGAAAACUGAAAGCUCUCAAGUCCUGUCUGGUGUGUCUGGCCUCUUACUGCGAGAAACACCUCCAGCCUCAUUAUGAUUCACCCAAAUUUGAGAAACACAAGCUGGUGGAGCCCUCCAGGAGUCUUCAGGAGAACAUCUGCUCUCGUCACGACGAGGUGAUGAAGAUGUUCUGCCGCACCGAUCAGCAGUGUAUCUGUUAUCUCUGCUCUGUGGACGAACACAAAGGCCACGACACAGUGUCGGCUACAGGAGAAAGGACAGAGAAACACAAAGAACUGGAGGGGAGUCGACAAAACAUCCAGCAGAGAAUCCAGGACAGAGAGAAGGAGGUGAAGCUGCUUCAGCAGGAGGCGGAGGCCAUCAAUCGCUCUGCUGAUAAAGCAGUGGAGGACCGUGAGGAGAUCUUCUCUGAGCUGAUCCGUGUCAUGGAGAAGAGAAGCUCUGAUGUGAAGCAGCAGGUCAGAUCCCAGCAGGAAUCUGAGGUGAGUCGAGUCAAAGAGCUUCAGGAGAAGCUAGAGCAUGAGAUCGCUGAGCUGCAGAGGAAAGACGCUGACCUGAAUCAGCUCUCACACACAGAGGAUCACAUUGAGUUUCUUCACAAAUACCCUUCACUGUCACAACCCACUGAAUCUGCAGACUCAUCCAGCAUCAACAUCCGCCCUCUGCGUUACUUUGAAGAUGGGACAGCGGCUGUGGCAGCAGUCAGAGAUAAACUUCAAGACGUUCUGAGAAAGAAUUGGGCCGACGUCUUACUGACAGUGAGUAGGGUAGAUGUUUUACUGACAAAACCUCAGCCAAAGACCAGAACUGAUUUCUUGAUGUGUUCAAGGCAAAUUGCAAUGGAUUCAAACACAGCAAACACACGCCUGUUAUUAUCUGAGGGCAACAGAAAAGCAACAGUAAUGGCACAACAACAGUCCUUUUCUAGUCACCCAUAUAUGUUCACCGAAUGUUUGCAAGUCCUUAGUAGAGAGAGUCUGAUUGGACGUUGUUACUGGGAGGUGGAGUUGAGAGGGUCAGGAGGUAAUAUAGCAAUCGCAUAUAAGAAUAUAAGCAGAACAGGGACCUGGAAGGACAGUGGAUUUGGACUCAAUAGCAAAUCCUGGGCAUUAAGAUAUAACAAUAACAGCUAUAACUUUUGGUACAACAAUGUCCAAACCCCCGUCUCAGGCCCUUGGUCGUCCAGAGUAGGAGUGUAUCUGGAUCACAGUGCAGGUAUUCUGGCCUUCUACAGCAUCUCACCACACACCAUGACUCUCCUCCACACAGUCCAGACCACAUUCACUCAGCCUCUCUAUGCUGGGCUUUGGCUUUACUUCUCUUAUGGGGACACUGCCGAGUUCUGUAAACCCAAAUAGACAAGUCAUUUAAGAGAGUGUGUUUCAUUCUGGGUCAUAAGAAAGAAAGCACCAUAACUUCCUUUAUUGUACAUAUUUUGAUCUUUGUAAAGGAAUCCUUAAUUACUUUAACAUUUACUGUAUUUUCAGGUAGAUCAAUGGUGUUGUAGUCUUUGUUAUAAGGUAUUAAAAACUGUAAUAAUCAUAAUCCUAAAGAGAUUGUUCAUUAUUGUCUUUUACAAUGCUGGGGAUCUGGUGAAUUGCCUGUGUGGACAAAGGGAAAAUGUACCGGUACAUUAAAUCAGUGAACGACGGUCAUUUAAGAGACUUUACCGAUGGGGUGUGUACAAACUGAAUGUUUCCAUAAU